AAGAUGGCUGCUAGGUUAGGUGGUGACUUCUUGGCUCUUGCAACAGGAAGAUGGUAACGCUGAGGUUGAUGUGGGGACUCCUGGUCCUGUGUGUGGUGGCAGCCUCUCCCCGCAGAUACGUCCGACAAGCAGAACUAGAUAACUACGACAACAACAAUGUGGAUUUAGACCUGAAUGUGGAUAGCGAUGAUGUCUAUGACUAUUACGAUGGAAUUGAUGAACCACAGGAGGAGCUCCACUUGACACUUGAAACCAUUCCACACGAGGCCUCUGGGGAUUUUGGGGAGUCUGGAAUCUCUUGGGUGUCUGGAGCUUCUGGGUUACCUGAGGUGUCAGGAGAGCCUGUGGCUUCUGGGGUACUUGAGGUAUCAGGAGAGCCUGGGGUCUCUGGAGUACCUGAGCUGUCAGGAGAGUCUGGGGCCUCUGGGGUACCUGAGGCAUCAGAAGAACCUGGGGUCUCUGGAGUACCUGAGGUGUCAGGAGUAUCUGAGGUUCCAGAGCUUUCAGGAGAGUCUGGGCUCUCUGAGGUGCCAGAGUAUUUCAGAGAGUCCGGGACCUCUGGGGUGCCUGAGACGUCUGGAGAGCCUGUGAUCUCUGGGCUGCCUGAGGCGUCUGGAGAGCCUGUGAUCUCUGGGCUACCUGAGGUGUCUGGAGAGCCUGAGAUCUCUGUGCUGCCUGAGGUCCCUGAAAAGCCUGGACCCUUUGAUGUGUUUGGAGGGUCUGGGGUCCCCGAAGAGUCUAAACAGCCUGAGGUCACUUUGGAGUCAGGAGAGUCUGGGAUCCCAGAGGAGUCUGGGGUGACUGAGGCCCCAGUCGUCACCACUGAAAUAUUAACUCCUGAUUUAGAUGAAGAGGAGGAGAUACUCCUAACUACCCCGACCACUCCCUUGGAGGGGACUGGGGGUGAUAUAGGGUCAGGGGUACCUGAUAUUGACAAAGAUAUUGACACAGAUACAACAGGUAUGGGUACCUGUAUGCUCUGCACCUGCCUGGUCGGAUCUGUGUACUGUGAUGACCUGAAGCUGGACCAUGUUCCUCCCCUCUCCAAAGAAACCACUCAUUUCUAUGCCCGCUACAACAAAAUUGCUAGGAUCGGCAAGUCUGACUUCGCCAACCUGAAUAAAUUAAAGAGGAUCGAUCUGACUAGCAAUGGCAUAUCCAGGAUUGAUGAUGAUGCUUUCUUUGGCCUUCCUGCUCUGGAGGAGUUGGUAUUACGAGAGAAUGGUAUUAGACAACUUCCUGCUCUGCCACCCUUUAUGACCCUUAUUGAUGCCUCUCUCAACCAGCUGGGCAGCACUGGCAUUCAGAGAGAAGCUUUCAAGGACAUGCCAAGGCUACUUUACCUUUACUUGACAGACAACAACAUAGACCACAUCCCGGUUCCUUUGCCUGACAGUCUGCGCUCUCUGCACCUACAGAAUAACAAUAUCCAAAUGAUGCAUGAGGACACCUUCUGCAAUCCACAUGACUUGAAUUACAUCCGCAAUGCUCUUGAGGACAUUCGCCUGGACGGUAAUCCCAUCAACCUCAGCAGAACCCCACAGGCCUACAUAUGUUUGCCACGUAUCCCCGUUGGUGCCCUUAUUUAAGCUGAGAAAACGCACACUCAAAUGCACGCGUACAAAACUCACACGUAUGCACAAACUCCUCUGUGAGUACCUCUCUCUCUCUUUUUUUUUUUAAACUUUGGGCUCAAGCAAACACUUGGAUAUGAAUGGCUGUCUUUAAAGGAGCUUGGCAUAAAUACAUAAACUCACACUCUCACAGGAGUUCUGGUGGACACUUCCAACUCUACGCUGCUUGUGUUUCUACCUUUUUACACAGUGCAUACUUUUCAUAAUGUAGGUGGUUUGUAAUCAUAUCUGGAUUUAUGACGUCUCAAAAACACAUGUGUCUAGCCUCAUAAACAAUCUCUUUUAGAGAAGCAUAGAGAACCAUGCAUAACUCCGAAAAGUUUUUUUAUUUAUCAAAUACUAAUGAAUCUUUGAGGAAAACAAGAUGUCAUUAAUUUACAAGUGCAAAUAUGAACAAAAACGCACAAAAACACUCUUUUGUGUGCUGUACUGGUUGCCUGUCUGGGGUUAGCUGCAAUUGCCAGUCCAAAUUGUUUAAAUAGGUUUGUUUUGUAAAUGAAAUAUUGUUAAUAUUCAUAUAGAAUUUAACAAAUGUUUAUCAUAAUUAGCAUAAACUAAUUGAAGCUGGCGCUCAAUGAAUUUUUUGAAAGGUAAAUUUGACUAAUGCAAUAAAAGAAGCAUUCUAACAAUGAAUUUGUUGUAAAGUCUGUACUGUAAUAUAAAUAUAUAUAAGCUGUUUUUUUUUUUUUUUUUAACAAGAACUGCAAUAUUUUGGUAUAUCACAAUUCAAGCUGUUGUUAUGACCAAUGGCCUUCCAAAUGAACAUUUCAGAACUGUUGUAUUGGCUGAGGGGUUUGAGAAUGACUAGGGGGAAUGGGGGGUAAAUAUUAGCUCAGCAUUGUGUGUUUUGUAUGGAAAUAAUCACACCUGAAUAAAGUUUUCUGAUGACCUCUCCAAAACAGAGGUGGCUUAACGUUUUCAUUGUUAGCUUCAAAGGCAUGAAA